GGAGAGAGUGCCGCGGCUCGGGAAGAAGCCUGCUGGUGUUUGAACUGCAAGCAGCCGGCGAACUCCUGCUCCCGUGUGGCUCCUGCAACCUGUUGCCGCCUGUGCGAAAGUUUUUACCGUUCGCCCCGGUGACGCGAGGUGAUGGACUAUUAAAGAGACUUUUAACAGGCCCUCCACAGCAACUUAAAAGCGAGCAGUCUAAAGCCCCGCCGCUCUCACCCCAGCCACAGCCUCAACAGAAACAGCGACCAUGGGCAAACAGAACAGCAAGCUCCGUCCCGACGUCAUGCAGGACCUGGUGGAGAACACGGACUUCACCGAGCACGAGAUCACCGAGUGGUACAAGGGCUUCUUGCGGGAUUGCCCCAGUGGUGCACUCUCCAUGGAGGAGUUCAAGAAGAUCUAUGCCAACUUCUUUCCUUAUGGAGACGCCUCCAAGUUCGCUGAACAUGUCUUCCGCACGUUUGACGCCAAUGGAGAUGGGACUAUAGACUUCAGGGAGUUCAUCAUUGCCCUGAGCGUGACCUCACGUGGUCGACUGGACCAGAAGCUGAAGUGGGCAUUCAGUAUGUACGACCUGGAUGGGAAUGGAUACAUUAGCAAGGCAGAGAUGCUGGAGAUUGUAACGGCCAUUUACAAGAUGGUUUCCUCCGUGAUGAAGAUGCCUGAGGAUGAGUCCACACCUGAGAAACGCACAGACAAGAUCUUCAGGCAGAUGGACACAAAUCGAGAUGGUAAACUGUCUCUUGAGGAGUUUGUUGAGGGAGCAAAGAACGACCCCUCCAUUGUCCGACUGCUCCAGUGUGAUCCCAGCAGUGCUGGGCAGUAGAAAACUGGACUUUUCCCAUCGCAUUUUGAUUCAUUUAACAAAUUUUAAAAAUCUCUCCCAGCUGACCCACCUGAGAUUAUUGACAUAUGAGCGAUAGAGGCACACACACACACACACGCAAACAAACAUGCAAACAAACACUCACACAGACAACAUGAAGCUGUACAUACUACAAAUACCAAAGCCUGACACAUAUAUAAACUUUCACACACUUACAUGCACAUACAUGCGCCUCUAUGCCACAGACAACACGGGUCUCAUACAUGGUACAAAUAUAACUCAAGGGACUUAAAUCCCAUCAUGGACUUUAAACACUGAAUCAAAGCUGUGCUAUCUCUCUGAGAGAACGGCCAGUGAGGAUAAUCCAACAGAUUCAUGAGGUAUGUUGAGCCGAAUCCAAGUUCGCUGUUGCUUUUAUUUCUUUUAUUUCUUUUGAGGUUUUUUUUUUUUUUUAGUUUUUUUUUGUUAAACAAUUAUUUCUGAUUUAAAGGAAAUCAUGCUCGUUUAGCUCAUCUGUAUCUGACUCGGGUUGUUGUGUGACAACGGACAAAUCUUAACAAAAUAUUACAAUCUAACUCCAUGUUAACACUGGAUGAAAUGAAGUAUGUGAAUCUGGGACUACAAGUGUUCAUAGCUUACAGUAUGGCUUUGUAGACAGAAGAUCUGGGAAAUGUAGUAGUAAAACUUUUUUAAUGUAAAUUUUGGAGGAAUGUUGCAUCAAACUAAAACUGACUCAGAUUUCUAAAUGAAGGGGAAUAUUUUGACAAUAGAUUACGCCAUCUGUUUCUUUGAAAGUGACUUUUUAUGCCAAGUGUUCUGUCCACAAACACACAAAUAGACACACUUCACCUAGACAGAUAUUUUCACACAAUAACUUCACUGAUGAAUACAUGAAAUUGACAUAUGCAUAUAAACCAGGCUCUUUCUUCAAUUAUGGUUCAACAAGUGUAUAACCAAAAACAGAAAAGUUAGAUGUUAUAUGAAUAUAUAGUAUGUACUUGUAUAUUCUUUUACUCUGUGAUAACAUUGUGGUUAUUUGCCACAAUGGAAGAGAUUCACUUUAAAAAUGUUGACGUAUAAAUUAUUGGAAUGUGAUGAUUUAACAUUUUAUUUUCUUUUACUUGACGAAUAUUAUAUGAAAAAAAAGCUGUACAGUAUAUUCACUCAUAUUUAUGUUAGAGAUGUUAAAAAAAAAAAGGAGAGGACCACAUGUAUUGCUAUGCAUUCAGCUUUGAACAUCAUCUGCUAAGUUUAGUUUAUGUAGCUUCUUUUACCCUUUUAAUAAAAAUAAAAAAUAGCUUCAGAUUUCAAAGUUUGAUCCUGAACCUGCCACCCACUGCUGACUUCAUAUUCCCCAGGGAGCCUGUAAACAUUGUCAUUUAGUUUUUCACUUGUUCUGUGUUAACAGUGUCUCAACAGCCACAGGAUAUACAAGUGCAACAGUAAUGUCUGAAAAUCUCAUGUUUUUGUGCAAAUGUGGUAGCUGCUGAAUGUGCAUUUUUUUUUUUUUUUUCUCAUCUGCACCAGAUUUCAAAUACAGCACAAUUGUAACUGUUUGAAAAAUUGGGUGCUACUGUGAUGAUGGAGAUAACCAAUAUUUUUAUGACUACGAAACACAAUAACAGACAGACACUUAACUGACAGAACAAAGCACUGACGUUGGUAGCUAGUAACAGCCACAUCCCCCAAACUUCAUCGUCCGUUUCCAGGAUUUACUGAUAGCUCUUUACUGUUUCCAACCUGUUUAAUUUACAUAUGCCUGUCACUGCUGCUCUGAAAACAAUGAGAUACAGUAAUAUUCACAGGUGGAUGAAUAUGGACUUCGGGGGAAAAAAGAGUUGUGAUAAAUUCUGUGGGCUUCUGCACAUUUGGAGUGGGUGAUCAGGUACU